AUGCACGGCAUCGUUCACCUGUUACUGUUCGCCUCAUGGUUCCUGCCUCCUUCCAAUGCAGUGAAAGGCUCUCCUUCUCCACCCUCAACCAUUGACACUUUCCAACAAAGAGAGCCAUCCCUGUCUUCCGGAACGAUCCAUUCUUCUUCUUCUUCCUCAGGAACAGACGAUAGUCCAUUCGGAUCCAGGAGCUCCUGUGCCUUCAACCAUUUCCACCCCCGACGGUAUGCAGCGUAUCAUCUUCACUCCCUGAAUCAAUCAGGUGUGCCAAGUAUCUCCAUCGACGGACUGUUGGAUGAACCGGCGUGGACUCAAGUGCCGUGGAGCGAGGAAUUUCAAGACAUUCGAGGUCCGACGUUCUGGUCCCAGCCAUGGUUCACGACCAAAUUCAAGCUCCGGUACGACCAGCAAUUUCUCUACAUCGGCGUCUACGUGGAAGAAACCGAGGUGUGGGCCAAGGCAUCCCACGACAAUGAUGUGAUCUUCCAGGACAACGACUUUGAAGUGUUUGUGGAUGCUGACGGGAGUACGCACAACUACAAGGAAGUGGAGCUCAAUGCUCGAAAUGCGACGUGGAACCUCUGGCUUAAUCGUCCUUACCGAGACGGUGGUCACGAAAACAGCACGCGCGUUGAUCCCCAACAUGGGUUUGACAUGUUGAGCAGUGGAAUGCGCUCGGCGGUCUAUGUCAAAGGCCCCAUCAAUGACCCUGCUGAGCGCCUGCACUACUGGUCAGCUGAACUUGCGCUGCCAUUGUCGGAACUUGCUCGAUAUUCACAAGCCAAAGUUCCGCCCGUAUCGACAUCGUUUUGGAGGAUCAACUUCUCACGUGUUGAGUGGCCUGUUCGUGUUGUUUCGGAUCGAGACACUGGCAAACAGGUUUACGAAAAGGAGUCGGGCUUAAGCGAGGAGAAUUGGACGUGGAGUGCACAGUUUGCAGUCGACAUGCAUCGUCCAGAGUGGUGGGGAUACCUCUACUUUCGUCCGCGACAUGAAAGCCCGCCUGUGACAGAAGACAGCAACGAGACUGUACCACUUGAUCCUGAAUGGGGCGUGCGGUACGUCAGUUUCCAGUACUAUUACGCCCAACACGCUUUCUACGAUGCAACAGGAACAUACGCGUCGAGGUUGGAGCAGCUACUGCCGUUCUACGCUUCUCGCGAGGCUAUACUGUGCACCAAUGUUGUUGAUGUCAGCGCUUCAGAGAAGUCGUUUCAUGCUCGGAUUCGAUUGAGAGGGCACGCUGGUGCUUCCGAGUUUGUUGCAAGAAUCGACGAGAACGGGUACAUCUUCAUUGAGAAUAGCAGCAGUUCAGUCUCCAUUGCUGCUGUGGAAUGA